AUGUCUCUCAUCAAGUUCUACCGCGCCGACUACUCCACCGCCGGCAUCACCGACGCCGUCCUCCGCGAGCUCGAAGCCGCCGCCGGCCACCCCCUCGCCGAGCGCAUCGACGUCGCCCUGCGCACCGGCACCCGCGACCCCUCCUUCCUCGCCGUCAACCCCAACGGCUUCGUCCCCGCCCUCGUCCUCCCCGACGGGGAACCCCUCUGGGAAUCCGUCGCCAUCACCGCCUACCUGGGCGAGACGCACGGCGUGGCGGCCGGGUUGUGGCCGGCGGCGACGGAGGUGGUGAGGCGCGCGCAGGCGCUCAAGUGGAUCGCGUGGUCCAACGUGAACCUGCCGCUGCACGCGCGCGCGAUCGGACGGGUGCUGCACGGGGAGAAGGAGGCGGAGGAGGGCGUGCAGAGGGUGAGGGAGGCGGAUGCGGAAAAGGCAAAGGGGGAGUUGAGGACGCUGUUGGCGGUGCUGGAUGGGGGGUUGGAGGGGAGGGAGUACCUGUUGAAGGAGGGGUAUUCGUUGGCGGAUACGCAUAUUUGGGCGUUUAUGAGCUACGUCAAGAUGUUGGGGGUGGAUUGGGAGAGUUUGGGCAACUUGAAGGCGUGGGUGGACAGGGUGGGUGCGCGGGAGCAGCUCAAGGGUCUGUGA